AUGUCUAAUAAAAUAUUUCUAAUAACUAUCGCGAUAUUAGAAGGAAGACAUUAUAUAUGGGAAAAUAUGGACUCUGUUGUUCUUAUUAAUAUAGACAAAUAUCGAAAGGCAACAAACGUAAAAAAGAAUUCUAGUUCUCCUUAUUACAACGAGUAUUUCGUUUUUGAAUUUUAUACAACAUUGGAUAUCCUAUUACACAAAAAUAUUAAAAUUAUGGUUAUACAACCUCGGAAUUUAUGGCGAAAAAGGAAAUUAUUGGGUGAAAUAAAAUUGGACGUAGCUACAGUAUGGCAACAAAAACAUCAUCAAUUUUAUCACAAAUGGGCGAUACUAAAUAGUGCCAAAGCGGAAGUGUAUAGUGGUCCCAGGGGGUAUCUUAAAGUAGAUAUAUGCGUAUUGACCAAAGGAGAAAUUCCAAAAACGCCUAUAAAUAUAGUAAACGAUAACAUCGAAGGAAAUUUGUUGUUAUCCGAAGGAAGAUAUGUGGAAAGACAAAGAGCUACUUAUAUUUUCGACGUUUAUAGUUGUAGAAAUAUCAUAGAAAAACCGUCUAUCACCUUUGAAAAUGAUCUAUCACAACAAUCUACGAAAAAUAAGCAAUCAAUGUAUAUAGAAAUUACUUUUGCUGGUGUUUCUGUGAGAACGUCUACUAAAAAAAUAGCGUCCUCUAUAGAAUUCAACGAAAGAUUAUUUAUAAUAGAUUUGUUUCCACCGCUGAGUCAAACUAUAAAAAUUGAAGCUUGUUACACUGAUACAUUUAGAAAAAAUGUUCAUUCUCAAAAACAGAUUGGUCUGCAGCAAAUAUCAAAUGAUAAACACGAAGGAUUUUUACCAACUCUAGGACCAACUUUUCUACAUUUAUAUCCUGAUAAUAUCAUGGAAGGAUUUGCGGGAACAAUUUUGAUGGCUAUCGAUACUAAACUGGAUGAAUCUGAUGAGAGAAAAGAAAAUAAAAUUGAAAACAUACCUCCUCUAAACGAAAAGUUUAGAAAUUUACAUAAAAUUUUGAAUCGGAUAAGUUCUCUAGUAGAAGAUGUUCAAGAUUGCUGGCCGGAUAUAAUAUUAUGGUUUGUAUGCGGGAAGAAAAAAGUCUCGUGUAUUAAAAUUCCAGCUAGAGAUGUAAUAUAUUCACCGAAUCCAGAGGAAAAAGGAGAAUACUGCGGUGUAAAAAGGACAAUAUGUUUUUAUGAAAAUCGCUUAGACGAUAAUAGACUUACAGCAAAAAUGGAUUUUACUAUGUUUCUCUGUUUAGAAAAACAGAAAAUACCAUGUUUGAGUGAGAUAUCGUCUAUUGGUCGAUAUUUACUUGAAAAAGUCGAUUCAAUACCGACACAUUUGGUGGAAACAGACAAGAAAUUGUUUCAGCUCCGAUGUUAUUUAUUUCAAGGAGAAAUAAUUUGUGGAUUUGACCACAGUGGACUGAGUGAUCCAUUUGUUAGAAUAAUAUUUCAAAACAUGUUACAAGAAACCGAGGUUAUAGAGAAUUCAUUAGAUCCAGUUUGGGAUCAAACGUUAGUAUUCAAUGAAAUUUAUAUGAACGAAUCUGAUGUACCUUCAAUUUUAUUUGAAAUAUUAGACAAAGACGACUUUGGAAAAAUCGAAUUUAUCGGAAGAACCAUCAUAAAUCCCCAAAUAAAAUGUCCAGAAAAUAAUUUGAAAUUGAAAUGGUAUCAAACGUACAGAAAUGACGAAGUUACCGGUGAAGUUCUUGCCGCUUUUGAAUACGUAACCGAGUCUGAUCUAUCAGAUCUACCUAAAGAAGGUAAAAUAUUCUCUAUCCCCAAGGCAUUAAAACCCACUUUAGUUUCGCAUAAAUUGGAUGUUUUAUUUUGGGGAAUACGAAAACCAGGAAAAAUAAAUUUUAUACCAAUAAGAAGACCGAGGAUAACAGCUCUAUGUGGAGAUUUUAGUUUAAAUUCAGAUGUUCUUGAGAAUGUAUCGGAGGACCCCAACUUUUCACAUCAGUCAAAAAGCAUUUCCCUGACAAUUCCGACGGAAACAGAGUAUGCUCCUCCAUUCCGUUUUGAAAUGUACGAUAGCAAGAAAUUUGGAGUAUACACUUUCGCUGGUGUACACAUUACUAAAUGUUCGUCUUUCAUUGUAACUCCAAUAACAAGAAAACAAAGACUGGAAAAAUUGGCCGGACAUGUUGAAAUCUACAAUAGCUCUGAUUCUGGAUCCGACUCUCUUCUAUUCUUGCAACAAAACUUGGAAGAAAUAAAAUCACCCAUUCGCCCCAGUGAAACUAAAAAGAAAAAACUGAGAAGCUGCUUAUUAAGUCGAUGUUGUAAAUAUUUCUGGAAUAGAGAUAAUAAAAGUAAAAGCGUUUUCUGGAAUCAAUCUUCCGGAAGUUACGAACCCUUGAAUCAAGAAGAUGAUGAAGAUGUAGAGGAUUAUGACUGGUGGACGAAAUUCUAUGCAUCAAUUAAAGUCUAUAAUUCGGAACUUGAAUCGCAAACGGAAUUCAAUGGAUUCACCGAUAUACUAGCAUCAUUUCCAAUUUUCAAAGGAAAACGUACAGGUGACGAGGUGAUUGAUCAAGAAAAAAUCACGGGAAUUUUUAAAGGGUCAAUAAAAAUCUACAGAUAUCCAAUAAUAGGAGACGAUGAUUACGUUUUUCCUAACGGAGUAUCCAUAGAACAGGGAUACUUUUCCCAUUAUCCCGAAAAUCAUCCAGUUAGGUACCUAUUGAGGGUUUAUUGUAUCAGGGCAUUAAAUUUAAGACCGAAAGAUCUUAAUGGAAAAUCUGAUCCCUACAUUAUAUUAUCGUUGAAUAAACAAGAAAUUAACGAUAAAGAACAUUAUAUUGCUAAGAAUGUGAAUCCCGUAUUUGGACAAUGUUACGAAUUUAAAGCAGUAUUCCCACAAGAUUAUCUCUUAAAAAUUAGCGUUUGGGACUAUGAUUUAACAACAGCUGAUGAUUUAAUCGGAGAGACUGAAAUUGAUCUGGAAAAUAGAUUUUAUACGAAGCACAUGGCUUUUUGCGGUAUAGCAGAAACCUACGAAGAGUUCGGUUAUUGUACUUGGAGAGACCAGCACAAACCGACCUGUAUAUUAUCGGAAAUUUGUCAUAAAUGGAACGCAGGUACUCCAGAGUAUAAAGAAACAUCAGUUCAAAUUGGCGAUAAAGAAUUCUUGAUUGAAAAUUUUAACCCAAGUGGCGAUUUCGAUUACGAUAAAGAAGUUCUCGCAUUAUUCGUUUUACGACGAUGGAAAGAGAUGCCUUUAAUUGGAUUUCCUCUAGUUCCUGAACAUGUCGAAACGAGGUCGCUGUUUCAUCCCUCCAAACCGGGUAUCGAACAGGGAAAGUUACAAUUAUGGAUAGAUAUAUUUCCAAUAUUAGAUAUCCCUCCUCCAGGAAAAGUGGAUAUAACAUUACGUAAGCCGCUCACUUAUGAACUGAGGGUUAUUAUUUGGAACACAGAAGAAGUUCUAUUGGACGAAGAUGACUUCUUCACCGGAGAAAAAAAAUCUGAUAUAUACGUUAAGGGAUGGGUAGGUGAUAAUCUUCAAAUUCAAUACACCGAUGUCCAUUAUCGUUCUCUAACCGGCGAGGGAAACUUCAAUUGGAGAUUUAUCUUCAAUUUUGAUUAUAUACCUGCGGAAAAUAAAAUUGUAAUAAGAAAAAAAGAAAAUAUAUUCGCAAUCGAUCAGACUGAAUUCAAAAUGCCUUGUAGAUUGACUUUGCAGGUGUGGGAUAAUGAUACGUUUUCGAAAGAUGAUUUUCUGGGUACAUUAUCUUUAGAACUAGCAAAGUUGUAUAGACCUGCAAAAACUGCCAAUAAGUGUACGUUGAAAAUUGUUGAAAGAGGAGCGCCAACCAUAAAUCUAUUUAAAAUACGGCGAACGAAAGGAUGGUGGCCAUUCAAAGCCGGUUAUUCUAAAAAUGAAACUUGCACGGGUAAAGUUGAAGCCGAAUUUGAACUGAUUAGUUUGGAAGAAGCUUCAAAAGAACCAGCUGGUAAGGGAAGACACGAGCCUCAAUCUUUACCCACACCAAAUCGUCCUGAUACAUCGUUUACUUGGUUCAAGAAUCCUUUAAGAACGUUCAAGUAUGUUAUUUUUAAAUUACAUAAAUGGAAGCUUAUAAAAUGGUUGAUAUUUUUGUUAUUGGUAUUUAUGAUAGUCGCCGCUAUGUACUCCUUUCCUGGAUAUACGGUGAAAAAAAUUCUCGGAGUUUGA